CGAGUUGAGCCAUUGCCGAAGUCUCAGGUGCCCGUCGCGCGUGCUUUGUGUCCGCCAACAGUGAUUCCGCGUGAGUGGGUGUGAGGUGCAGAGAAGCCCGUGCCUGAAAUUCCGUGCCAACUGAAAGUGGGUGGCGAGGGUGGCGAUUCCAGUACGCCCAGUGCAGAUCGAAGUGUGAGUGCGUGUGUGUGGAAUACCUCAAUCUCAGCGGUUCUCAAACUGUCGCUGGGUGGAUUUAAUCGAUUGCGUGCUGCAGGGAUUUAAAUUGAUCAACGGACCCCGGCACGUGAAAGAUCAGAGGGGACAAGUGAGGGAAGCCGCGACGGAGUCAUCUGGUUGAGACCCGCAUUAUGCCUGAAUCAUGGCCGGGAAACCAGCUCUGUACGCCGCCGGCGUAACUUGCCUGAGCUUCGUGAGCUUAGCCCUCGCGGCCACGGCCGUGGGCCUGCCUAUUUGGGGCUACUUCGACAACCCCAUCGGCGGCUGGGAGUCGGACCACGGCUACUUUGGCCCGUUUCAAGUGUGCAGGCAAUUGACUUACGGCCGAGAGAAAUGCGGCAUAGACGUUUCGCGCUUCAGGCCUACCAAAGCCAUCUACAUAAGUGGCAUUCUGGCCACUCUCUGCUGCAUAUUCCUUGCACUCUUCAGCAUUUUCUCCAUCAUCCAGAUCGCCAUGAUUUCAUCGCGCGAGAAAGUCGUGAUGAAGUAUGGUGUUUUAGUCGUUUUUAAGCUCAUCUUCUCAAUACUGGCAGCCAUUCUGGCCAUCGUGGCGGCGUCUCUCUUCGCAAUAGAAACAGACCUAAUGAGGACGGGCUUCAUGAUAACACGAGGAGUUUCUUUUUACCUUCAAAUCCUCACAAUCAUCCUCACUCUGGGUCUCCUGGGGAUGGCGAUCUACGACGUGCUGCAGUCCAGACGCGAAGGGGGCGAUCCCACGUUCGUGGAACACCCACUGCCCGGCAGUGGCACCACGUUCAACAACCCAGGCUUCCGGGAGGGCCGCCGCACCGGCGGGAUCUCCAUGACGGACGCCUCGGGGAAGCCAUACGGGUCGGGAUCUCAGGGAAGUGCCACGAACGGGAGCAUGCAAUCGAUGAACACCACCCUCACGAGCAUGAGCAACGGCUCCACGGUGGACUCGGUGACGCGCUCCCCGCUGCGAAGCAGCCUGAAGAAGCCCAAGCCCAAAGACGGCCUGGGCAUCCAGAAUCCCGGCUUCUCGGGCUCCGGUCAGUCGCCAACAAUGGGGCGCAACGGCAGCAUGAAGAAGGUGCGCAUCCAGACGCACAGCACGGAGGUGUAGGACCACUGAUUUCCUGUGUCUUCCACUCGGCAGAGGAACGCUGAAGCGGGCUCUUCAGGAGACCUUGUACAUAACACUUUACCCGUCAUCUCGCGAUGGAAUAAUUAAUUAGUCGAUUUAUAGGUGGAAUCUUUAGGAACUCGACCUGCAAUCACCUGAGGUGUUACUUUUAGUCUAGAGACACGCGAGAGAAUCUCUUCUUGAAGAAACCCAGAAUCUCUUAUGAUUCCGUCCUUUCACAAUGGAACUGAGUGACUAUCCCUGAAUCUCUCACCCCUAACUUUACUCCCUCCCACACAUCCUCCCAGAGAGAAAGGAGAGAAUGGUUAGAAUCACAAAUCAUCACUGAUAAUCACUGAGAAUUGAACAAAGAGUUUAUUUCACAGUGAAGAGAAAAAAAUACAUUAGUUGAGGAUGAAAAAUGUAUGAUAAGGAAAAUUCUACACAAAUGGUAAAUGACAUAAUGGAUUGAAGUCUGUGAUUUCAUUAAGAAUGAAUGGAGAGUGAAGAGAAAUAAAAUAAGAUAAAUUCUGUACUAUGUUAUUUCCAUGUCUUCAAAUGUAAUUGAAAGAUGAGAAAAA